AUGGCCAAUGGCGACUUUGAUCACUGGUUUCAGAGCUUCCAACCCACCGUGGACAUACAAGACAUACAAGAUGCCUUGGAGCUGUUCCAGGAUCCAGAGACACUUUAUGUGAACCCAGCGUCUAUUCAAGCCGCCCCUGUCGCACAGGCUGUCAACGAAGACCUUUCGCCCCAUCGGGCUCAGCGUGCGACCCACGCUUCAUGGACAGAUCAGAACUCGAACCCGGGGCUCAUAAGCGACGGCUAUGCGUCGCGAUGGCAGCAGUUACAGCAGUUACAGCCAAUACAUCAGCAGCAGACACGGCAGCAGCAGCAGCAGACACGGCAGCAGCAGCACCAGCCAUCGUGGGUGCAGAAUGAACCUCAAGGAAACCAGAUGCAACAACCACACUGGGCACAGCGGCAGCAACAGCCACCUCACCACUCGGGGCAGCAGUAUACGAGACAGCCUGACGCCAAAUCAUCUUCGUCCCCGUAUUCGUCCAAUACCUUCCGCCGAGCCCAUAAUCAGCCGCCGAAAACUUCUCGAUUGUCUUCAGCUAUAGGAGCAGCAGCGCCGGCCCACCAGCAGGACCCCAAACAUAACAUGGUCACCAAUUUUCAGAACGAUAUUACAGGGACAUCCCACUCGCACCCCGAACAACCUCAAAUAACGUCUCUGCCAUCCGACAACUCAAUCAUGCCUGCAACAGCCCAAGAUUAUUCUUCAAGGCCAACUAUCAACCCACCUUUGUCACAACUCUCACGCCCUCGCGCAACGCCGAAUAUGCUUAAUCCAUCCCACGCCUCCGACGCGGAACAGCCCGCGGCGUUCUUGUCUCAAUCGCCUCUAGCAGCUCCACAGCAUAGACAGAAUGGAAGGAGCGGCAGAUACGCAACAGAGAUUUCUAAUCCUCGAAUUCCAACCGCCCCAGAUGUAUGGCUAAGUGGGCUGCCACCGGUAGAAUCCCCGGCCGAUGCACAGGCUCCGACCGCGAAAAGGCAGCGACUGCAACAUGUCACCAAGCACGCGGUCAAUUCUUCCAAUGGUACUUCAGACUCCUCAAAGUAUGCUCCUCGCUCUCAUUCUCGGGCGCACGUCAAUAUGAGGAACGACCUUGUUGAGUCGAUCGAUGCUCAAGACGCCGCUAUUAAAGAGUCCUAUGACCCCGCCACUAUCGCACGGGAUGUGUUAAUCAAUGCAGACAAGCACCCCACUGAGCCGAUUUUGAACCAUCAUCUGGAACUUCUCAGUCAGAAAAUACCUUCCAUCAACAUCACUUCUGAUUUAGCCACCCUUCGCUGGGAUUUGCUUGACCCCGAAGGCCCACGUGACACCCCUCAAGGCUCGCCUGCUCCGUCGCGUCCGCACGCUCUUGGCGCGCUGCCGUUCGCACGUCCUUCUUACUUUUCUCGUCAAACACCGCCGUCUCCUGCUCCUGUCCCUGCUCCAGCUCCUACUUCGAAAUUCGCGCGUCCUACAUUUCACCCUCCUCAGUCGCCUCUACCUCCUUCUUCGCCUCGACCCUUACUUCCAACCUGCACCCCGAGGUUUACAAGGCCGUCCGUACCAACUCUGAAUUCAACUCCAAUCCCAACCCCAGCUCCGACGCCAGUGCGACAGCCUGUGGUGGAGCUACCAUCCAGCUCAAAGCAAACGCCGGUGCCGACAUCGGCGUCAUCACCGGCUCCAUUAACCAAUCUAGCAUCACCUUCAAGCAGCUCAAGAUUAAGACAGGCUUCCAAGCCAUCGCAGUCUCCGCCUAAAUCCUCUCGCAUGCAAAUGCAGGUUGUGGUCCCAACGAGCCCUCGCGGCAUGCGUCCACGCAAGAAAGGCCAAGUCGGUCGGCCCGGAAAGACUGCCCCCGUUAACCACAUGCUGGGGGUGACUAUUAACCACAAGUCGACAGUCCCGUACCCAGUCUUUGACUGCAAAUGGGUGAAUUGUGAGGCAGAACUUCACAACCUGCAGGCACUUCAAAGCCAUGUCCUCAAGGUCCAUAUUCCGCACAACCUUCAAUGUGGCUGGAAAGAAUGUGCCGACCGAACCCCACGGGCUGCAGCCAACAUGUGGGAGCAUUUCACCUCGCAGCAUCUCGAAAAAGUGGCUUGGGCCUCUGGCGACGGCCCAGUGAUUUCUUCUGGUGAGAGCCACCUGGCUGUAAUUGACCUUACUGCGGAGAGUCCCAGCGGUGAUCCUUGA